CUUACCGUUACUCACACAACAGUCUCUGUUUUACAAUUCAGAAACCGCUUAAUUCUUCACUGAUUCAACUCGCUGAGUUAACUCAAAUGGCGGAUACCGUAGUUGCAAGUCCACCGCCGUCAAAGAAAGUCACUAAGAAGACGGCGGCGAAGGAGGUGAAAUCCAAGAAGCCAACCACAGCUGCGGCGGCGAAGAAGGCGAAAACCGCUCGUGCUUAUCCUUCAUUUCUCGAGAUGAUAAGCGAUGCGAUUGUGACAUUAAAGGAGAGAAAUGGAUCGAGUCAGUACGCGAUCAACAAAUUUAUCGAAGAGAAGCACCGGAAAAACAAUUUACCGGCGAAUUUCAGGAAGCUGUUACUGAUUCAGUUAAAGAAAUUUGUUGCUUCUGAUCGGCUUGUUAAAGUGAAAAGCUCGUUCAAGCUUCCAUCGGCAAAAUCAUCUGCUAAAACUCCGGCGGUAGUUUCUUCCAAGCCGGCGGCUAAGGUUAAAGCUGUAGUGAAACCGAAAACCGCUGCUGCUAAGCCGAAAACCGCUGCUGCUAAGCCGAAAACUGCCAAAGUUGCUGCUAAGCCGAAGGCGAAAACCGUGGUUAAACCAAAGGCGGUUGCGGUUAAACCGAAGGCGAAGAGUGUAGCGAAACCAAAACCGGUUAAGGCUGUGAAAGCCAAGGCGACUCCGGUGAAGAGUAUGAAGAAGUCGAAGAGCGUGAAGUCGCCGGCUAAGAAGAAGGCGAAGAAGUGAAUUGUUGUGGUGUUUGUAGGGGCAGUGAUGUAAAUUUGUUUGGUUUUAUUUGAUAGGUGUAGAUUGUAACAGAUAUGCUUAUGUUUUUUAAGUUUUUUUUUUAAGAUGAAUGGAAAAUUUUAUUAUUAAUAUCAAAAUCUUAAGUUUCA